GGAGGGAGCCUUUCCCCAACAAAUGCUUUGUUCUGGUCAAAUCCCUGGAGAGAUGUGACGACCCUCAGGUACUGGGGCAGAGGGAACAAAGGGGUCCUUCCAUAGUUUUUGGCCCACCGCAGCCCAUUCUCAUAUGAUGUCCUGCUUCCUCCACAGGGCCACACCCCCAGGGAUGAGGCUCCAGCGCCUGCUCCCGGGACGAAGAAUGAGAGACCAUCAUGUACUGGGACAGAAGGAAGGGGUCCUUGUGGAACUUCUUUUGGGGGGUCAUCAAAAAGGGGCAGUAGUUUAUCAUCCGCCCCAGCCCCUUCUCAUCAGAUGCUUCCUGCUUGCUCCACAGGACCACGCCUCCAGGGAUGAGGCUCCAGCGCCUGCUCCCGGGACGAAGAACAACAGACCAUCACGGUGGUUCCCGGCCCCUGACCCUCGCCUGCCUCACCCUCCAUCUGUUCCCCGUGCGGGCAUGGCUCCUCCUCCAAGCAAUCAGAAUAACAGAGUUUGUUUCUUCCUUAGGCGAGAGGCCCGCCAGAACGAGGGGGGAAAGGCUCCCACUUCAGGUAAGUGGAAAUGCCAACUGAGUGCCCCAUAUUUUAGGAAUGCUUCCUUCCCUUGUACCCCCUCCCUCAUGCGCCAGACUGGUGCUAUCAUCUGGGAUCCAGGCGCUUGCUGAUUCCUCCGUUUUCUCUGCAGGGAGGAAGCCUUUCCCCAACGUUUACUUCGUACUGGAAAAAUCCCUGGAGGGACGUGGCGAACAUCAU